GGAUGCUACAGCCACGGUGUUGAACAUUUGUUUUUGGAAAGAUGUGUCCCUUUGUUUGAAGGUCUUUGAGCCCUUGGUGAAAGUUCUACGUUUGGUUGAUGGGGAUGUGAAGCCAUCUAUGGGUUAUGUGUAUGGAGAACUUCUCAAGGCAAAGAGGGAGAUCAAGGAGGCAUUUGGAAAUGUGGAAAUGAACUACAAAGAAGUGAUGGCUAUUGUUGACAAGAAGAUGAAAAAUAGGCUUGAUUCUCCAUUGCAUGUGGCUGCAUAUAUGCUGAAUCCAUACUAUAGUUACAACAAUCCAGCAAUCUUCUCUGAUUCAAUUGUAGUGGAAAAAUUCAUGCAAUGUGUGGAGACCUUUUAUUAUGGUGAGGAUGGUAAGUAAUAUAGGACUGUUAAUGAGGACUUGAAAAAUUCCAAAAGAGACAUGGAUCCUUCUCAAAGAAGAUGGCAAGGAGCUGUGAACACUUUGAGUUCAAUCCGGCAUCUUGGUGGAGGCUUUAUGGAGGAGGAGCACCAGAUCUGCAAAGAAUGGCUAUUAGAAUCCUCUCACUGACAUCUAGCUCUUCUGGAUGUGAAAGGAAUUGGAGCACCUUUGAACAGCAUCAUACAAAGAGAAGGAAUAAGCUAACAACAGAGCGCCUCAACUCUCUAGUAUACAUCCAAUUCAAUAAUAAAUUGAUGUCCAAGAAGGAGAAGAUUACCAGAAAGAGUAACUAUGAAGUGCUACUAAGUAGUGAUGCUUCUGAAGCUCAAGGAUUUUUCUUUGAGGGAGGAGAUGAUCAUGCAUUGGUUGUCUUUAGGGAUGAGGAAGAUGAGGGAGAAAUGCCGGGGACAGGGAUACCAUGGAGUGUCCUUGGAGAAGCAAUGAGAACUAAUGAAUAA